GAACAUGGCGGCCGAGCGGCACUAAAGCCUUCAAACUCAUCAGAGCUGGCCCAGAGGCGGUUCUCCGUCCGGGAUUUACUUUUACAAACCAGGACAUCGAAGAAAGUUCAGAAACGAAGCGAAGAUUUGGACUGGUUCCAGGUUCAGAGAUCCUGAUGGAUCCCGGAUCCUGACGGAACCGGAGUCUCCAGUCUCCUGUGGCUCGGCUUAGACAUGGAUAAGUUCGGGAUGAGUUUUGGAGGCGGGCCCUCUAGGAAGGAGCUGCUGGACACCAUUGAGUCGCAGAAGAAGCAGUUGGUCCAGUACCAGACCCGGUUCAAGGAUGUUGUCCGGGCCUACAAAAGCCUCCUGAAGGAGAAGGAGGCCCUGGAAGCCAGUCUGAGGGUCCUGACUGUCAGCCAAGAGGUGGACCUGAACCAGCAGCUCACCACUGGAGGCCCAAACUUCCUGGAGGACUGCAGCUCGGUGCACAGCGAGGACAGCGGGAGCGUCCGAGAGGACCGGAGCGAGGAGGAGCAGGGAGAGUCCAGACCUGGACCAGACUCCACGCCGCCCCGCUCUGAGCCGGACGUGGACAUCGGAGAGGCGGAGCAGCAACAGGCCACGCCCCCUCAGAACCUGGAGCCGGAGCGCCGCCUCUCCCAGCUGAGGAGCCAGCUGAGCACACUGACCGCGGCGCUGGCCACCGUCACGCAGGAGAAGUCUCGGAUGGAGGCCAGCUUCCAGGCCGACAAGCGGCAGCUGAAGCAGGAGGUGGAGGAGCUGCAGGAGCGGCUGUCCGCCGUGACGGCGCAGCAGGAGGCGGAGCUGGGCGACCUGCAGCAGCAGCUGGCGGAGUGCCGCGCCCGCGUCAUCACGCAGCAGCACGAGCGGCAGCGGGAGCAGGAGGACCACGCCCAGCAGCUGCGCGAGCUGCAGAAGCUGCUGCAGCAGGAGCGGGACGCCCGGCAGGACGCGGAGCUGCGCCUGCAGGACGCCAGCUCCGCCCUCAUCGCAUCCUCACAGGAUCGAGGGGCGGAGCUUGAGCUCCACCUGAGCCAGGUGAAGGAGCAGAGAGACGAGCUGCAGAGGCGGCUGCACAGCCUCGAGGAAGGCCAGAAGAAGCCCGACCCCCGAGUGGAGGAGCUGCAGAGGGAGGUGCAGGAGCUGAAGACGCGAUUGCAUCAGCAGGUCCAGACGGAGACCAAGAAGGCGGCCGUGGCAGAGGAGCGCGCCGUGGAGCGGGCGAAGGCGGCGGAGCUGCGGGUGGCGGGCCUGGAGCAGCGGGUGUCAGAGCUGUCAGAGCUGCUCGGGUCCUGCGAAAAGGCGAGGCAGCGGGACCAGCACGCCGCGCAGAGACUCCGGGACCGGAUCCUGCAGCUGGAUACCGAGAACAAGACGCUGGCGCUCGCCGCCUCCGGCAGGUCCGGCGCCGACCUCCGGCUGGACGAGGCGCAGCUGGACGUGGAGACGCUCAAGGGCAAACUGCAGACGGUGAAGAAGCUGCUGGUGCUGGCGGCACAGAAGAACCCGGACCAGAACAUUCAGGACCUGACGGAGCCAGCCGACCACCCGCCCUCGGCGGCGGUCCAGCAGGAGCUGCGGCAGCUGAAGGAGGAGUUUGAGCGCUACAAGCAGCGGGCGCAGGUGGUGCUGAAGAACAAGAACGCCAAAGACGGCUGCCAGGCCCAGGAGCUGGAGGAGGUCCGGGCCCAGCAGGCCGAGCUGCGCGAGAAGUACAUCAGCCUGCGGAUCCAGGCCGACGAGGCCGAGGCUCAACACCGCCGGCAGCUGGAGGAGCGGCAGCAGCAGAUGGCGGCGCUGCAGCAGGCCCACCGUCAGGAUCUGGAGCGGGCCGAGGCGCUCCACCGUGAACGGCUGCUGUGCCUGGAGGCGGAGCUUCACAAACACCGGAACCGCGCCAUGGUGCUGCUGGACGAGAAGGACCAAGAACUGGAGAGGCUCCGGGCCGCAACCCUGAGCUGCAGGCGGGAAACCCAGGAGGACGGAGGCGCGGAGGCUAGUUCUGACGGCGAGGGCGACGCCGUCAGCCAGGCCCUGCAGCAGGCCACGCCCACGGAGUCCACGCUGCUACUGUACGCCCAGCAGCUGGCCCGCAUGGAGGUGGAGGCGGGGGCUCUGCGGCGGCAGAAGCACCAGCUGGAGGAAGACCUGCACCAACUGCAGGCUAAGCUCAUCGCCAACGCCGAGCGGCACGACGAGGACGCCGCCCAGCUCCGAGCUCAACUCGACAAGCUGGUCCGCGACCAGAGCCGCGAGGGCGCCAACCUGGAGUACCUGAAGAACGUCAUCUACAAGUUCCUGACCCUGCCGGACAGCGGCGGGCGGCAGCAGACGCUGGGCGCCAUCCUCACCAUCCUGCACUUCAGUCCGCAGGAGAAGAGCGAUGUCCUGAAGCUGCAGGGGCCUGCCUGGUGGGGCCCCGCCCACAAGAAGUGAGACCGCCAUUGUCAACCGUCUAUUUGAAUUAAAGUAUUUUUCUGCUC